AAUGAGCAUGUGGAUUGUAAGACAAAGUCCUAAGAGAACAUGGGAAUUAUUGAAUAACCCUCAAACCUUAUGCACUUGCACACAAUAAAUUCAAUCAAUUUCAUAAAAAUAAUCAUUUCUUAGCCAUCUCAUCUUACAGUACCUCACAUGUCCCAUCCUUUACCUUAGUCACUCUAAUCCUUAUUUAAACACAAACCUUACUACUUGAAAAUGACAAUAUUGUAAAUACAACUUCCAUUGUAUUUCUAUUGUUUCCUUCUACAAUUCUUCACUUGGGGUUUUCAACAUUCAACAAUCCAAAAUGACCAAACUUUUAUUAAUUUUGGUUUCUCUCAUUGGAUUAUGUUGUCUCACAAAAGUUUCCUAUGCCUUUUCACCUUCUGCAUGGACCAAAGGUCAUGCCACUUUUUAUGGGGGCAGUGAUGCCUCAGGCACUAUGGGAGGAGCUUGUGGCUACGGAGAUCUGUAUUCAACCGGAUACGGGACAAGAACCGCUGCAUUAAGUACUGCUUUGUUUAAUGAUGGUGCUUCAUGUGGACAAUGCUACAAAAUCAUUUGUGAUUUUCUUACCGACCCAAAAUGGUGCAUAAAAGGAAGAUCUAUUACCGUAACCGCCACAAAUUUCUGUCCUCCUAAUUAUGAUCUACCCAAUGACGACGGUGGAUGGUGCAAUCCUCCUCUCAAGCAUUUUGAUAUGGCUCAACCUGCUUGGCAAAAAAUUGGUAUCUACAGAGGAGGAAUCAUCCCUGUCUUAUUCCAAAGGGUACCUUGCAAAAAGCAUGGAGGAGUAAGAUUCAGUGUGAAUGGAAGAGACUACUUUGAAUUAGUGUUGAUUAGCAAUCUGGGUGGUGCUGGAUCAAUAGAAUCGGUUUCGAUUAAAGGAUCGAAAACAGGUUGGAUGGCAAUGUCAAGGAAUUGGGGUGCAAAUUGGCAAUCCAACUCUUAUUUGAAUGGGCAAUCUUUGUCAUUCCAGGUCAAAACCACUGAUGGUGUAACCAGAACUUUCGACAACAUUGUUCCUUCCAAUUGGGAAUUUGGCCAAACAUUCUCCAGUAAGGUCCAGUUCUAAUUAACCUUUUUAAAAACAAGGUUAAUUAUCGCAUUAUUAUCAUCAUUAUCGCAAGAUAAUUCGAAGAAAUCAUCUUAAUGCUGAGGCGUGCUUUUUCAUUUUAUUACUGGAGCAGCCCGCCAUACCUCUCUGGCUUGCAUGGAUUUGUUAUUCAUUCUUAUAAGAAAUCAUCACUUUAUUAUUUGGAAGUUUUCUCAAGCAUGUAGAAACUAGUAAGCAUUUUUCAAGUUUAGACUACAAAAUGUAAUAUUGUAAUAUGAGUAGUUCUAUUAUUGUCCUUUUUAUUUCCUCCAGUAUUAUCCUUCUAGUUGAAUUUUA